GGAGCUGGGGGUGGGAGCGGGAGCGGCGGCAGCGGCAGCGGAUCGGCCUCUCUAAGGAUCCUGCCCGGGCUCCGGGGGCGGCGGGGGCCGGGGCGACGCCAUGAGCGGAGGGACCCCCUACAUCGGCAGCAAGAUCAGCCUCAUCUCCAAGGCGGAGAUCCGCUACGAGGGCAUCCUCUACACCAUCGACACGGAGAACUCCACCGUGGCCCUCGCCAAAGUUCGUUCCUUUGGUACAGAAGACAGACCAACAGAUAGACCAAUACCACCUCGUGAUGAAGUUUUUGAAUACAUUAUCUUCCGUGGUAGUGACAUUAAAGACCUCACUGUUUGUGAACCACCGAAACCACAGUGCUCUUUGCCUCAGGACCCAGCCAUUGUUCAGUCUUCACUAGGAUCAUCUACUUCUUCAUUCCAGUCAGUGGGUUCCUAUGGUCCUUUUGGUAGGAUGCCAGCUUAUAGUCAGUUCAGCCCAAGUCCAUUAGUCGGACAGCAGUUUGGUGCUGUUGGUGUUGCUGGUAGCUCCCUGACAUCUUUUGGGACAGAAACAACAGCCAGUGCUGCCUUAUCCCAGAGCAGUGCAGUCGGGUCUGCCUUUACACAGGAUGCAAGGUCUUCAAAAACACAGCCAUCUCAAGGUCGUUCAAGCCCUCAGUUAGACCCUUUGAGAAAAAGCCCAACCAUGGAACAAGCAGUACAGACCGCCUCGGCCCACUUACCUGCUCCAGCACCUGUUGGGAGAAGGAGCCCUGUAUCAGCCAGACCUUUGCCAUCUACCAGCCAAAAAGCAAUAGAGAAUCAAGAGCACAGGCGAGCUGAAGCACACAAAAUUUCCAGACCAGAAAGUGAACAAAUCAGAAAUGAAAACAAGAGACAAGCAGUUCCGGGUGGCCCUUCAGCACCUCGAAGAGGACGGGGCGGUCAUCGUGGUGGCAGAGGAAGAUUUGGGAUUCGGCGGGAUGGCCCAAUGAAGUUUGAGAAAGACUUUGACUUUGAAAGUGCUAAUGCACAGUUCAACAAGGAAGAAAUCGACAGAGAAUUUCAUAAUAAGCUUAAAUUAAAAGAAGAUAAACUUGAGAAACAGGAGAAGCCUGUAAAUGGUGAAGAUAAAGGUGAUUCAGGGGUAGACACCCAAAACAGUGAAGGAAAUGCUGAUGAAGAAGAUCCACUUGGACCUAAUUGCUAUUAUGACAAAACUAAAUCCUUCUUUGAUAACAUCUCCUGUGAUGAUAAUAGAGAAAGAAGACCAACUUGGGCAGAGGAAAGAAGACUAAAUGCUGAAACAUUUGGAAUUCCCCUCCGUCCAAAUCGUGGCCGUGGAGGCUACCGAGGUAGAGGAGGAAUUGGUUUCCGUGGUGGCAGAGGUCGUGGGGGUGGAAGAGGUGGUAGCUUUGCCACUCCUCGAGGAUUUCGUGGUGGAUUCAGAGGUGGCCGAGGGGGCAGGGAGUUUGCAGAUUUUGAAUAUAGGGUCUAUAAAUAAAAACCCAAUUGUGCAGAUCCCCUGGAUGAAGACAGUUCAGGCCAGAGGUGCAUGGUCAGGGCCCAUCAACUGAGGACUCAUGUUCUGAAGACAAAUUUACAGUCAGUACAGUCUGCAAUCAAGUUGAGUUCAUGAUGAUGAAGACUGGGCAUCUGGGUUCAGGAGCUGUGUUUUCAGGAGCCAGACCAUUGUGGGUUUACCAAGUUCUUUAUCCAUCUGGGCAGACACAUUCACCAACAAAGGAAGAAUUAUAUGGGCUGGCAUUCUCAAACCUUGAUUAGGACCUGAUGCUAUCCCCUUCCUAAACACAUUCCCCCCCCUUUCAUGUUUUGUAUAAUGAUGUUGAUUCUUUGGGGCUCUGCUUAGUUCUUCCUCGUUACUAUCAGACAGAAAGCUAAAGCCUGUGAGCUUAAGUUGGAUCUCUUGGUUCUCAGGCCUGCUCUCAAAGUUCCCAUCCUUUUAGUUUAAUAUCCCUUAGAGGCCUUCUGUCUGGGGCUAGGGUGCUGUGGGUAGGAGGUAUCAUACUUUACUUGACUUAGUCCUCCACCAGAAGCCUAAUGAAGCCUCUCACUGGAGAGUUCAGGGCUCUGGUCCCUUUCCUACCUCAAGGUCAGACUCAUUUCUCAUCUGCAGCCCAGCUGACCAUAAAGAACAAAGGUAGGUUUCAAAGAAAAACGUCAGCUGACUGACCGAAUGGAAAGUGCUGAAUUGGGAGUCAUAGGAUCUGAGUUCAAAUCCUAGUCUUAACCACUCACUACUUGUAUGACUUUAGGAAAGUCACUUACCACGAUGUGCCUCAAUUUCAUUAUUUGUUAAAUGGAAGGUUUUGAUUAAUGACCACCCCACUCUGGCUCCAUCAUUUCUUGGGUGUGUUUGAAAAGGGGAAACAAAUAGUCCAAAAUCACUGCAAGGAAAAUUAUUUCACCUGACAGCCGUAGUGGCACACAUGUGUAGGACGGUUUUUGGUUUUGUAUUUUUGGUUUGCAUGCAGGUCCUCAGGCUGCCAGUAGUCUUUUUACAGGACAGAAGGGAAGCCAAACCCUGAGCUGCCCAGCAAAGAGAUUUCCUAGGCUUUCAGAUAGAGGCUCAAGCUAAAAGAAAUUGGAUCCCUAUAAAUAACCUCCGUCUUUCAUGCUAUGGAAGACCCAGGGUGCCAAGUCCUUAGAAGGGAGAUUAGCAGCAAGGGCUUCUCUCCCUCCUCCAUAAGGAAAAGGAAGUAUCCCCCCCUUUCUCCCCACCCUCACCCCAGCUCAAUGCGUGCAGUGUAUUGGUCAUGAGAGAGGUCAUCAGGCUGUUAGGAGAGUGAAGAGACAAUGAAAUGUUGGGAGUGUCACAUUCUCUGCUCUACUGAUGUCCCUGGAACCCUUCUUUUGCAUGAAUGAAUAAGCGAUUGAAUUAUUUAUUAAGCACUUAUUGUAUACAAGGCACUGUGCUAAGAGCUAGGGAUACAAAUAGAAAUGAUAGUCCUUGUUCCCAAGGAGCUCACAUUCUAAUUGAAGAUAUAAAUAUAGAUGAUUUCAACUGCCAGUUAGAUGAAAAGGUCCCAUGGUCCUUAGGCUACAGUGGUAAAGCAACCUUUUUAAUAUAUCCACUGAUAAAAUCAUCAGUUUCUGAUGUUGAACCAUUUGGCAGUGCCAAGGACUGGUAGCAAGGACUUUUUUCUGGAUCUUCAGUAGAGAUGGCUGCAGCAUCUGCAGGAGCAGUUGUCAGUUUGCAUCUCUACACAUGUUCUUUCCCAGGAUGCUGAAAGCAUUGAUGUUCCAAAGACUCCAAAGUUCAGGAUCCUGGGCAGUCUCUAUCAAGGUCGAAAAGGAGAUGGUAGUCAUGAUGGUAGUAGUGGUAGUGGUUUGACUUGUUGGCCCAUGCUGCCCCAUGUCUCCCUCAGGGUGCCUUGUUGCUUCAGUUUUGGCAGUGCCCUUCCUGACUAGGCAGCCCACCCAACUCCCAGACAUCCCUGCUUACCCAGAAAAAGGAGAGCAGGAGUGAAGUUCAGUUAAGUUGAGAAAAGCCCAUGCGUAGUCAAUGGGAUCAUGGUUGGACCUUAGCUCUUACUGUAUUCAGAAGGGAUAAGGGGGCUGGGGCAAGGAUAGUGGAAAGAUCUUUUCCCCCCUCUUGGCCCAUUGAAUAGGUCCACACUCCUGACUAGUCAGCAUUUUUCCCUCUAGGGACAUAACUUUGCAGGGUAUAGUUUACAUUAGGAUGUCAUGACACUGACCUGACAGUAUUGAAGACUCAGGUUCUGGCAGUGAGUAGUCUUCAGGAGCCUAGAUUUAUGUUCAGAUCCCACCUGAGAAAAAGAAUAUCAAAAUUAUGUUCUAUAUUUGACAUAGAUAUUUGGAAAAUAUAGGGGCUAAUUUGAUGGCUUAAGUAAAGGGAAAGAGGCAGCAUGGUGUAGACAGGUGCAGCCUCGAGGCCACUGGUUCCCCAUCUUUGGUAUGGGAGAUAGAGAGCUGGCCUUGGAACCAGGAAAACCUUAGUUCGAGUCCCUCCUCUGACACGUACUGGCUGUGUGACCCUGGGUAAGCCAAUUAAUUUCUCAUUGCUCUAAAGAAUUCUCUGAAAUUCUUUUAAGUUGCACAGAAGCUGCCAUUCUGCAUUGGCUGAAAGUUUCCUCAUUCAAGAGUUUUCUCAUAUCAUUGAAAUGACAGGUACAGUCCCUAUCACCAAAUACAGGGAACAGAGAUACCCACAUGUUAUGCCCAAUAUCCUGGUCAGCCUCAUCUGACCAGCAGUUGUGUUUUUUGUUUUGUUUUUAUCUUCUAUCUGCUCUUAAUUUUUUGGAUGCCUUUAAUUUCUACACAUCCCGUUCACUCUCCUUCUAGCCUUCCAUCUAAAGUGCCUUUUCCUUUUACCAAAGUUUAGAAAAGGUGGAGGGUGAUAGAACGUUCAGGAGAAGUACCAACAUAACAACAUCCAAUUGUAUAUGCAGUAUUCCACACCUAUAGGGCUCCCUCACUACCACCUCAGAAAUGAAAGAAGAGAGGUACAUUUUCUCAACUUUCUGGAAUCAGGUUUGAUCAUUACCAGUUACACAGUGUUCAAUUUUAUCUUAAUAUUCUUUUCUUUUACAUGAUUAAUCUCCCCACAUUUUUCUGAAUUCUUUAUCUUCCUCAUUUCUGAUGGGAUUCCUUGUUUAUUAACAAUAUGCUCAUUGCACAAACAAGAAGAGAGGCUGUCUAUGAAUGGAUGCCUUUUGCUUUUUAGUGUUACAAGAGCUAGUAAUCUCUAGUAUGGGGCAACAGGACAAGGCAAUGGAUGGAUUUAGACACUUGAUCUUAACCUGAGUAGGCCAAGAAGGCCAUGGUGGCUUUAUACAGAUUUUUUUGGCUUUUCAGUACCCAGUGGUUCCCACCCCCUAUCACAGAUAGGCAAUCAGGUUUCAUCCAGCUGAGCUGUCACCUGGAAAUAGUGGUAAGGAACCCUUUCAUAAGACCCAGGAUUUGGGAUUGCAGGCUUGGGUUGUGGGGGAAGUAGGUGGGAGUUUCACCUCCCAGUGCAGCCAAAGCUUUGUUUCUGUUCCAAUAAACCAUGUCUUAAGUUCUCAC